GCUGCCACCUAAUGCCAUGCAAAUGCCUUCGAAUACACCUUUGCAGCAAAACCCCCAAGCCAAUCACACCCCUGGCGUCCUUGGCACACACGGCCUUCCUAUGCAGCAGCAGCCGCCUCGGUCCGGCCCUACACCUCUAUCUCACAUGAACAUGCCGCAGAAUGGAAUGCAAAGCUCGCCAGGCAUGCCGGCGCCAAUGGCGAGUCCGCCGAACGCCAAUCAGCCUCCUCAGCCUCCAAUCUCGAACGGUAUGCCACAGUUCGCUCAGCAACAACAGUUCCAACAGGCUCAGCGCCCCGGGCAAGGCCAAAUCCCCUCUCAGACCCAGAUUCCUGCUUUGCCCGCUGAAGCGUUCAAGGCAGCAUACGGCCAGUGGUGCCACAAGCAGAACAUUGCUCACGACGAGCAGCUCUUGCAGAUCGAGGGCAAGAGAAUUGAUCUGCACCGGUUGCAUCAGGAGGUCAUCGCGGCUGGGACAAUGCACAGAGUGCGUAUCUGAUAUUGCCCUUC